CCUCAAUUUUACUCUUGUCAAUAAUAAUCAUAUAUAUAAGAGAAGUAUAUAUAUGAUAAUAAUAUUUAUUUAAAUUAAUUAACCCAUUCAUUUCUCACUUUCAAAAUGAUGUCCGAUGACUCUGAGAACGAUGGCGUUUACGUUGAAAACAGUUAUGAAAACGACAUAUACUAUCAAAAGUACAAAUUGCUGCUAGAAAGAUGCGAAGCGGUACAAAAACACAAUCAACAGCUAGUUUAUAGGCUACAGCAAGUGAAAAAAAUUACUCAUAACCAUUACGAGGCGGUGAAGAUGCUAAAACAGAGACUAAAAGAUUUAUACCAAGAGGAUUGGACAGUCAUUCCGAAGGAAGAGUUGGAUGAGGAAAGCGAAACUUCAAUGCACUCGAAUUUAAAAUUCGCCGUGCAAAUUAAAGAGGAACGACAUAGUGAUCACGAGAAAGAAAAGGUGAAGGGUGCGAAAAAGGGGACGAAACGAAAAUGUGGUAAAUCAGAUCGUGAUCCCAAGGCGCCGAAACGACCAUCGAACCCAUUCUUCCAGUUCUGCCAGGAGCAACGACAAAUUCUAAUGGAGCAGCUGAACGCCGAACUGAAACCCGGCGAAGCAGAGCUGACCAAGCAAGAGCUAACACGACAGCUGGCGAUUAAAUGGAAAUCGCUUACGGCCCUAGACAAAAAGAUUUACGUGGAUAUGUACGAAAAAUCAAAAGAGAAAUAUGCUGUGGAAAUGUCCGAAUAUAAUAUGAAAAAAUGAACUGUA